AUGUCCAGCGAAAGCGGAGAUGGCGGUGAUGAGCGCGUCACUAUGCCCUUCAAGUUUGUCACUGCUGGCUUCGACGCACGCUUCCCAAAUCAGAACCAGACCAAACACUGCUGGCAAAAUUAUGUCGACUAUCACAAGUGCAUCAUCGCCCGCGGAGAGGACUUCCCACCAUGCCGACAGUUCUACCUUUCCUUCAAGUCUCUAUGCCCAGGUGCAUGGGUCCAAAGGUGGGAUGAUCAGCGCGAAGCCGGUACCUUUCCAGCCAAGCUCGACUCAUAG